AUGUAUAGACAACCGCAGCAGUCUCAGAAUAAUGGGCCAGCUAGCACUACUGAAAAUGCCCAGCAACCAGGCCAGAACCGAGAGCAGGGAAGACUUCCCUCAAACACAAGUGGCUCAUCCAUCAACAACACAAACCAAGUCUCAUUUCCAGCACAUGAGGGAGCGCGAUGGAAUUCACCCAGCGAAACUGUCUCGAGGUUGAGAGGGAACAACACCGAUCCCAAUUCUAGCGGCUACGACCUCGAACGAGCUACUGCCCAGCUACGAGAAGCCGACGCCGCAAUCUCUUCCAUUCUGAACGGAGGAAUUACUAGCUCGUAUUCAGGGUCGGGGUCGCGUCACUCCCGGCCUUCAGAUUCGCUCCCCUGGCCUUCCCAUAUUGACCGCUUCCUUGGAUUGUCUGACCCUGGCCCUCGCUGGCGAUCGAAGAGACGUAAGUUGGACUCUGACGAUAACAGAGAAGGAUUAUCAGGGUUCAGCUAUGGUCAUUAUGGUCAAGUCGUUCCAGGGCCGCUAAAAAUGGAAAUUUCCAGUUGCGAUGGAGGAAAUUACUAUGAUGAAGGAGAGAGCUCAUGGCCAGGAAAUGUUCUUCUCGACGACUCGUCAGUCUACUGCACCAAGAAAAGCCGAUGCAAUAUGGUCUUGAACCACCGUGGCGAGACGCCGUUUUGUCUGAAGCAAAUCGUAAUCAGAGCACCGAAGAAGGGAUUUGAUGCUCCAAUCCAAGAGGGCAUGAUCUUUGUUUCGAUGUCAUCCGAUGACCUGUUGGAGCGGACUGCUCAGUAUCAACUUCAUUAUCCACAAAGUCAACGCUGCCAUCAUUCUAGACGACACUACACUAACCCUUCGCGAGAAUAUAUGAAUGCUUAUCGAGCUCGCAACCGGGGCAUAACAACGACAACUACAUCUGCCGGAGACUUGGUCGCACAAGCUGAACCGCGGAGGCAGUCUAGCGAUCCAAAUGAACUUCCACGAUCUCGUCGCUCUCUACUUAAUCCUACGUACGCAGAACCCCAAUUCAGAGUUACUACAGAAAAUGAUAUCAAUUCGGACGAUGCAACAAACGACGAACAAGACAAUGACGAACUGCCUUCCGCCACUGAAAUCGAACUCUUGGACCUUGGCGAAGAUGGCGAGCUAUUCUGUCCCGAAGAUGAGGAAGAUAGCGAUGACGGCGAUACCGUCGAACUCAACCGCGGUCGUCUAGAUACACGUCGACAGACACUGACCGGCGAACAUCGCAGUCAUUAUUAUUCUAUUGGCAGUAACCGUCUCGAUUCUCCAAGCCUCAUUGAGCCCGUCUGGUCCACUGCGGCAGCGAACUCGAAUUUUGGCGGAGACAUGAAUAACGCACAACAUCCAGAUAUUAUGAAACCGCAUGCUCGCUUCUUCAUUGAGCGAGAAAAGAGCAUGGUCAGCAUCAAAUUCGAUCCACCAGUAUCAGGACGCUUCAUCUUAGUCAAGCUUUGGAGCCCCUACAGCGACGGAAACAUUGAUAUUGAAGGAAUUAUGGUGUAUGGGUUUGCAGGCACUCGCUAUUUUCCUGCACUUGAUGUGCGAUAG